CGUGUGCUUCAUGUGAAAAGCUAACUUACUAGCUAGCUGGAAUACGGAUGUUUUGACUUUUUAUUUAAUCACAAAGUCCUUACUUUGACUUGCCUAUCAGUCAGUCUUUAGUCCUUCGUCGCCAGGUGUUCAUUAAUAAGGAACAAUGAAGGAAACAAUGAGUCAACAGUUUUCCUCAGCGUCGCCUAGCUGCUGCCCCCCAGAGUCCCACAGUGACGCUCCCAUUGCAGAGGCUCCCGCCUGCGACGAGCUAGAAGAAAACAGAGAGAUGGAGAAGGAUGGUGCUUUAACUGCUGAAGUGGUCUCCAGCUGUGUGUCCAACCUUGGUUGCUUCAGCACUGGGCUGCAACAUUUUUAUAACCACCUGUCUCUGCCUAGUCGAGAUCUCAGAGACAUCUCUGUUUUAGCCAAUUAUGUACAUCUUCAAAAGCUGGAACUGCCACGCAACAAAAUUAAAGAUUUAUCCUGUGUGAGCCACAUGCCCUACCUCGUCAUCUUAGAUGCUUCUCACAACGAAAUCUCCAGCUUCUUUGGAUUCCAGCCACCCAAGAACCUAAAAGAGGUCAAUCUCUCCCACAACCGUUUGACAAAAAUGGAGGAUUUGUCAGCCUAUUCAUGUCUUAGUAAUCUGGAUCUGGGCUACAACAGGCUCAGUGAGAUCACUGGUCUUGAGAAAUGUUGCAAGCUCACCCAUCUCAGUGUGGCAUACAACAAGAUCUCGAGGAUCAGUGGACUGGAAUGUCUGCCUCUCACACACAUCUGUCUGAGGGGGAACCAGCUGGAGAGGAUUGAAGGGUUGGAGAAUCUGAACAGUCUGCAGGUCCUUGACUUGUCUCUGAACCGCAUCACCAGUCUUUCCGGCCUAGGCAAUCUCCACCUGCUGGGCUCCAUCAAUCUGGAGAAAAACCUGAUCAGUGAAAUUCAGGAGUGCAAACAUAUUCAUGAUCUUUUCCUGUUGAGGGAGCUCAACCUGCUGGGAAACCCUGUCCAGGAUCAACCCGAUUACAGACUGGCAGUAGUCUUCCUCCUUCAACAUCUGACUGUGCUGGACCAAGAGAAAGUCAAAGUUGAAGAAAAGGUGUCAUCAGUAAACAAGUAUGACCCGCCUUUGGAUGUGGUUGCAGCCAGGGAUCACAUGACUCUUCUGGUGUAUCAGCUGAUGCAGCCACAGUCGCUCUAUGACAGUACUAUGCCCAGUGCAGACUCUCCAUAUCCUAUGCUGGUUCUGACCGGUCCUCAAGGCUGUGGGAAGAGAGAGCUGGCUCACAGACUGUGUCAGGAGUUGAGCGAAUACUUUUCCCACGGAACCAGUCACACCACUAGGGGGCCCUACUUCCAAGAGGAGGAUGGAAUGGAUUACCAUUUUGUCAGUGAGGAAGAUUUUCAGAACAUGAUUCACAUGGGUAAGUUUAUCCAGACCACGCAAUACGGGGGUCACAGCUACGGUCUGAGAAGAGAUGCCAUAGAGGAUGUAGCCAGAGAAGGACUCGCCUGCUGUGUGCACAUGGAGCUAGAGGGUGUGUUCUGUCUGAAGAACAGCUGCUUUGAGCCUCGAUACAUCCUGCUCAUCCCCACCGAGGUGGAGAAGUACACGGCCCACCUGAAAAGCCGUGGUCUCUAUACCCAAGCACAGAUUGACAUGGCGGUGUCACGUAUAGAGCUCUACGCCAAUACCAACAGGCAACGACUGGGAUUCUUUGAUAACGUUAUCCCCUGUGAUGAUUGGGAAGAAGCCUACGAGACACUGAGGCAGGUGGUGAAAGAGUACCUGUUGCUAGAGGAGCAGGAAGAAGGAGAAAACAACAACAGAGGAUCCCCUGACAACGCCUCCACUGGCCAAGAGGCAGAGGAGAAGCUACCGCCACCACCCCUGUCGAGGUCAGGAUCAGGCGCGCUCGCGUCACACUCUGCCACAGCUCUUGACCCUUCAGAUCCAUCUUACAGAAACUAUUUUACCCAGAUCCAGGCAGAGCUCAGCCCUCAGAAGAGCCCCUCUGAGCUAGCUUCCAUCGGGAGGCGUGAGCAGCUGGUGAGAGAGGCUAUAGUGGCGAAGAGUCCAGGGGUCUACAGCCAGCUCUUGAAAAGCUCUGCUCAAGCAGCACCAUCAUCUCUGCAGAAUCCUGAUACCCAUUUAAAUGUGUCCAGCAGCAGCUCGGAUGAGUCUCGUGCCAGUUCAGCUUUGACUGUUCCCAGUUCAGCCGGGGGCUUGAAUGAUGUAGUGGAGCCGCUAGAUAUGUCUGUCCUGGGACACAACUUGGAGACAUUCACAGGCCAAACUGCUGAAGCCCCCUGUCCAGGCACAGAUCUGCUUGAUGUGGUCGUGUCUCCCUCCUCUGAUAGACGUCCUGGAUCCAACGUCAAGCCCAUCCUGCCACCAAUCCCCACGGGGCGCAAGACCCCUGCAUCCCCCAGCCCGGCUGCGUCACCCAGACCCAGCCCACAGCCAGCAGUCCCAGGGGGAGGUGAUGUAGACAGGGAGGGAUAGCUUUUCAGGUUUUAGGGUAUAUCUGACAUCGAACAAAGUUGUAAAUAUUCAAAGCAACUGCUUUUUAAAGAAGACAUUUUAUUCAUUUUGUCAAUGAAUCAGUACAUGUGUAAUAGUAGAUGUAUAAAAGGCCUGUUAAAUUAUAAGAACAUCAAAAGUCUGUAUCUGCAAAAAUUCAAGCGCAAAAUGUUUGUUACGAUCUUCCACAAACAACGCCGAGUGCGAUACACGUACGAUACACCCGAGCCAAACACUUGAGGUUAGAUUUCACUGUCAGCACUUGUCUUUUCCUUUGAGCUGUUGCUCGUGCCACAGCACGUCUGGAUCUUUUGCUCUAUACUUGCUAUAUACUUUAUACAUGAUGGUGUUAAUGACCCUAUAUAUAGGUGACUACAGUAUAAUUAUAGGCAACGUUGUGCUUUUCCUCUUUGUAAAAUGACUAUCUUACUGGCCUAAGGACAUUCAGUGUUGACAUAUAUUAUGAUUAAAGCUCAACCGCAGAUUUACGAUAUCAUGAUGUUUAGAAUUGACUAUUUUUGUCUUUGCAUAUUAAUAUGUUUAAAUUCUUGACGUAUCUGCUCAUCUUGGAAAAGUUCAUAUCUACAAACUAUGUGGUACAUGUCAUGUUUUAUAAAAGUAGCAUUAACUUUCCUGACAGCGAAGUGGCAUUAUAUUUCCUACUGUUCAGUAAUCUCAUCAAAUAGGGUUUGCCAUUGACAUCUCGGUACUCAUCUUUUAUAUGCAGCAUGGAGCUCUUUGUCAUUGGCUGAUAAAUACAUCAUUAAUCUUUAUCUCUUCUCAUGGGCUUAUUUAUUCAACUGGAAAUGCGUUCACAAGGAAGUGAGCCAUCGCUUUGUGUGAUUUUGUCAGAUUGUUUGUGCCUUUCAUACUUGUGCACCUGUGUUUGUGAAUUUUGUGUGUUCAUUUUUUAUUCAUAAUAAAUAGAAAUUGUCAUCUGUCACAGAUGUACGCGUUGCUUAUUUAACUGGUGCCUGAGCCAGCGUGCUUGUGGGUGCAUGUGAAUAUGCACAUACAUUGUGCAUGUGUACGCAGAGAUUCUGCACACCUGGCCAUCCAUCACUGUCUGUCUUCCUCUCAGGCAGCAGAUGUUGCAACCCUGCCAUAAUUCUUUGGCAGUUUGAAACCAGACAGUGUCUUUCGGGCCCCUGGGGUCUAACCUACUUACACUGCAGUCUGCAUCCCUUACUAUAGUUUAUCGUGGACUAACAUGGUGGCUUCUUGUGCAUUAACCUGAGCAUGAUAACGUUUUGUGAAAGCCUUUAAGCCCGUUUAAAGCGAUGUAUAACAUGAGGUUAGAGAUGAGAGGAUGAGUGACUGGGAGCUUUGCUUUCUUCUCAUUGUGGAUGUGUAAUCAUAUUCACCCUUUGAUUAUCUACACUUAAUGCCUGCCUUUGUCUCUGCUUGUCAAUCUAUUUUUCAUGCUUCUGCAUCUGUUACUGUCGUGUCUUUGUUCCUACUGUUGCCGUGUUAAAAUGCAUGACCUCAGCAGCAACUGCCGCCUCUUCGCUCACUCAUUUUUAAUACUGGAUAAAAAUAAAACUAUAUAGUAAAUCUAAUGGUUUCAAAUGUGUGAAAUGAAACACGUGCAGUUAAGUUAUCUGGAAUAGCAACAGCUGUAUUUCUCUCUCUCUCUCUCUCUCUCUCACUUGGUUUCCAUGCAUCAUAAACCAUUGCUAAACAUUGACCAUAAAGAAAGUUCAAACAGCAUAUGUAUGCAUGUGCAACGCACCACACUGU